UGGUCGCUUCGCGCGUGCGCAGUGCCAGGCUAGUGUGGAAGGAUGGCGCGCGCGCUUGUAGCCUGCGUCGUGUUAGCGUUUGCGCACGACACCCUAGCACAACGGAACCCAAUCAAAGAAGCUCUUCUUCUUCACAAUGACAACUUCACGAACGCCACGUUCGAGGACUGCGUGUGGCGGCGCGAGCGGGAGCCAUGCCCUGAUCCAGACCUCAAGCUGCAUCUCUACACGGAGGGGGACCUCGUCAAGAAAGUCGUGGACUUGAACAGUGAGGAUUGGCUCCGGCAGAGCGGUUGGGAGCCAUCUCAUGAGACCAUCCUACUGAUCCAUGGCUACGCCGGAGGUGACGACACCCUGCCAAUCACCGUGCUUAGAGAUGCGUACAUCCGUCGCGGCGGUUACAACGUGUUCAUGUUGGACUGGGGUGCGCUGGCGCAGCCGCCUUGCUACGUGGCAGCGGUGCACAACCUGCGGCCGAUAGCGCGCUGCGCGGCCGAGGCGUUGGGUUCGCUCCGGCGCGCCGGCCUCCGCCCCGACCGCCUCACCUGCGUCGGACACUCUCUGGGCGCGCACAUGUGCGGCGUCAUCGCUAAUUACCUCACUUUUAGACUUAAUAGGAUUAUUGGCUUGGACCCAGCCCGUCCUCUGAUCCGCUCAGCGCCUGCGCUACGUCUGGACCCAGGCGACGCUCGCGCAGUUCAUGUACUGCACACUAACGCGGGGCGGUAUGGAGAGGCGGCGAGACUGGGGCAUGCAGACUUCUGCCUCAACGGCGGCAGGAGCCAGCCCUACUGCGAGGAUACGCCUAACGAGGCCCUGUGCAGCCACAUCUGGUCCAUCUGCUACCAGGCGGAGUCCCUGUUCCGCGCGCGGGCGGCGGCGCCGUGCGGGCGGCGCUGCUCCGUGCGCGUGCCGCCGGCGCGGGCCUCCGCCCUGCCCGUGCCGCUGGGGCAGUCCGCGCCUAUGACCGCAUCCGGAGCAUACUGCGUGGAAGACUUCUCAACCCCGUUCUGCCCGUCUGCGAGCCAGCCAGUGGGCGACGCUCGCUGCUGCCUGGACGCGCAGUACGCGGCCGCCGCCACCACGGAGCCGCCGCGCCACCGCCCUCGACCACUGGUGCGGCUGCGAGCGCGACGGGUCAAACCCGCCCACGUGCCUGACCACGAGGAUGAGACCGGGGUUUGGGACCAUAAUUGACGCAACGGCAAGGGCGGACAAAUUGAACUUUUCUAUCCAACAUACUCCUGAUACCUCCAAGAUUGGACAACAAAACCCAUAAGUUCCUGACUAUAUCCCAAUGAGGUAGUCAGACAUCCAUCGCAAGUUGAACUAAGUAUCCACACCUCACCGAGCUUUCUUUGAAGAUUAGACAGGCUGCAAUAAUUCGUAUUUCUAGACUAUUUUCCCCAAAAAUGUUGAGAUUUAAAAUCCUAACAAGAGUCUCAUGUUUUUAUAAACCGACUUAAUUUUAUUGAUGGGUUUUCGUGUAGAAUCUUUUAUAAAGUCUUUAUUUCAAUAGUGACAAUUGGGUCGUGUACUAGACUCCACAUAAAUUAUAAAAUUCUCAUUACUAAAUAGACAGAUCUAAAACUUAGCGUUAUGACGUUUAGUAAAAAGUAAUUGAUUUGACUCCCAGCAAGGAUUUCUGAUAUAAUUUCAGUAUGAGAAAUUUCUUCCGUAUGACCAAAAAUGUGAGGUUUUUUUCCAAGUACAAUAAGUUAAUAAUAGCCAUGUUCUGUUCUCAAAGCAUGUCAAAGUUUCGAACAUAGGGCAGGGUUAACAAUUAGAGACAAAAGCGCAGUAAUAGUACAUUAUACAUUGUUUUAAGUUUACGCGGUUAUUAUAGAAUAGAAUAGAAUAGAAAUAGAAUAGAAAAAGUUUAUUAUAAAAAUUAUCAUAAUUAAAACACAUAAUAACGGGUUCUUACCGCGUUUAAAGCAAGGAAAUGAGACUCCCGAUAUUUCGACACUGUUGCAAGUGCCAUGAUUAGUGUCAUCCCGUGAUCAUGGUACUUGCAACAGUGUCGAAAUAUCGGGAGUCAUAUUACGCGGUAAGAACCCGUUAUUAUGUGUUUUAUGGUGCUCCCACACUGCCGUUACAAAAUGUUUAAUAACGUUAGUAAACAUUUGUUAGCAAACAUUUAAUCACAAAUGUUAAAAUAAAUUUUCAUGUUAGAAAAUGUUUAGUAAUGUUAGUAAAAAAAAUGAGCAAAUAAAUAAAUAAUUUUUUUAUGAGCAAAUCUUCUUCCAUUUUCGUGUAGACGUCCUCGGCCCUCAGAAGGCGAAACCAAACUGCGAGCCAAUACUAGAUGUUAUAAAAUGUUUAAACAUUUUCCAUCAAUUUAACAUGUAACAGUUUCUAACAAAAUGCAACAAUUGUUAACAUUUGUUAGUAAAUGUUUUAGCGUUAUAAAAUGUUUACAAACAUUUUCUAACGGCAAGUGUGGGAGCACCAUUAAUAGUACAUUAUGAUACAAGUGACCCAUGUUGGUCAUUACAGACGAGUCUGGGUUUCAGCCCGAGCUAUAAGCGAGGGCGUAAUGGUGCCGAGAGGGUAAAAAACUAUAAUAAAAAAGUGUCCAGUAAUGUUAUAUUACAGCACCAGUGUGUUAAUGCAUUAUUGUAUUUAUAUACUCAAAAACAGUGCAAUGAGCUACUUUACGAGCAAAUGUGUCGAAAAAUAAUAUUAUUUACGACUUAUUGCAACUUAGCGUCAAAAUUUUGGCAAACUUUGUUACAACAGAACAUAAUAAGUAUUGUAAGUAUAGUUAAGUUAUUGUCAAACGAUUGGAGACAUUAAGAGCCAAAGAAAACUAUUAAAUUAUUUUUAAAAGAUA